GACUUCCCUGGCAUUUUUUUACUCUCACUGUAGGUCAUAUUUUUCUCUGUAGGGCGCAGCCACAACAGAGAGGAUUCCCCUCCUCUUGAAACACAUUUGUAUGUUUUAAAAGGUGCUCGAUCUGGGAGAAGGCCAGGGCAGGGGGGGCUUGGAAUUCCAUUUAGGAUUUGAAGGAGAAGAGAUCCCGGGAACCACUUUCUGAGAACCAGGCCUCAUUCCAGCAGCUUUGGCCAAUCAGGGACACCACUCACAAGAACAUCCUGACCAUUUGUUGCGCAGAGGGCAAAAAAUGACAGUAGCAAGAUGGGCCGGCAGGGGACAAAGCAGGGCCACCAGGCGUGUGAUGGAGGCCACUGGACUGGCGCUGUUGCUCAUGGCCCAGCUAACGGACGCCCUCCCUGGGCGGUUUGACUGGCGGCACGGGGCCGGGCCGCGCGGGGGCUGCGGGGAGUGCAGGCCGGAGAUGUGCCCGGUGGGGGGGCCCCCCUGCCCGGCCGGGCGCGUGCGGGACACCUGCGGCUGCUGCUGGGAGUGCGGGAACAGAGAGGGCCAGCUGUGCGAUCUGGACUCCCUCUCCGCCCGCUUCUACGGGCGCUGCGGGGAGGGCCUGCGGUGCCGUUCCCUGCCGCGCCGGGACCGGCCCGGGCUCACCGGGGAGAGCCCCCAGGCCCAGUGUGUCUGCGCCCGACAGGAGCCGCUCUGCGGCUCUGACGGGAAGACCUACGACAACAGCUGCCAGCUUCGCGCUGCUCGCUACAGUCAGGACAAGGAGGUCAAGCUGACAGUGGAGCACCGUGGGCCCUGCAGAGCCAAACCAAUUAUUGCCACUCCCCCCCGUGAUAUAAUCACUCUGGAUGGAACUGACAUCAUCUUCGGGUGUGAGGUUUCAUCCUAUCCAAUGGCUGUGAUUGAAUGGAGGAAGGAGGGGAAUAGCAUCUUCCUUCCUGCUGAUGACUCCAACAUGGCCGUACAGGCACAAGGAGGACCCCGACGCUUUGAACUGACAGGCUGGCUCCGGAUCCAGAAGGUCCGGAGGGCCGAUGAGGGGGUAUACACCUGCACCGCCAAGAACAAGUUCGGGGAGGUGUCCGCGUCAGCCAGAUUGCAGGUUGUGGAGAAAGACGCACAACUGACUCAUCAGCUGCAAAAACCACAAAAAGGAGUCUAUGACCUUUCAGAUGAUGAGGAAGAUGAAGACGAUGAAGACUAUGAGGGCUUGUCAAGUGGAUUUACAUAUUAAAAUACUCUCAAAGACAAUUUUUGAUCUAUCAUUGUUUUAUGUCCCUUCUCUUUAAAAAGAAACAAAGAAAAAGAAGAGUUCCCUUAAAGAGAAGAGAUCAGAGGUCCCUAGUGCUUUGUCUUACUGUGUGUCUUACUGACAAAACACGACUUGUGUGUCACUGACAAAACACAUUUUGUCAUCAAAAUGUCAAACUCUUAUCUUGUCUUGUUUAAUUGUUUUUUGGAGUUGGACAAAGACAGAAGGGUUGCUCCAUUGGGCAUUUAAGAUAAUUAUUAGAUGAAAGGUAAGUGUGAUGGUCAUUGUUGUAAAUAAAAACCAUGUGUUUUGUCCUGUU